AAUUUAUUUGAUAUUUAUCUUAAUAAAUAUGGAAAUGAAAAAAGAAGUCAAACGACGACUUGAAUGGUCAGUUAGUGUCUCAGAAAAGGCUAAAUUGACAGUAAAUCCGAUCCGAAAUGUCGUCGAAACCCUUAAACUGCAGCCAAAUCCCGACAAACAAUUUAUACCACUUUCUAUUGGCGAUCCAACAAUUUUUGGUAAUUUAAAUCCAUGUGAAGAGACAAUAAAUGGAUUGAUAGAAAGCGUUAAAUCAGCCAAAAAUAACGGAUAUUUUGCGGCCGCCGGUUGUGAAGAGGCCAGGAAUGCUGUGGCCGAGUAUUGCUCAGUCAUUGGAGCACAAGUAGAGGCUAAGGACGUGAUUUUGACGAGUGGUUGUUCGCAUGCACUCGACUUAUGUAUGACUGUAUUGACAAAUCCCGGUGCAAACAUACUGGUGCCGCGGCCAGGAUUUUCAUUGUAUGAGACAUUGUCGGCACUAAUUGACGUUGAAAUAAGACAUUAUGAACUGUUGCCCGAAAGAAAUUGGGAAAUUGAUUUGAAUGACUUGGAGGACAAAAUUGAUUGCAAAACAGCUGCCAUUGUAUAUAACAAUCCUUCCAAUCCUUGCGGUUCAGUAUUUAGCAAAAAACACAUUUUAGACUUUUUAGUCAUCGCUGAAAAAUAUUUUGUGCCCAUAAUUGCCGAUGAAAUAUAUGAAGAUCUAGUAUUUCCUGGCAAUCACUUCCAUCCAAUUGCAUCACUUACUACUGAAAUACCGGUGCUGUCAUGUGGCGGAACUACCAAGAAAUUUUUAAUCCCUGGUUGGAGAAUGGGAUGGAUUCUUAUUCAUGAUAGACAUUCCCGAUUUGGAUAUGAGAUAAGACAUGGUUUGAAUGCAUUGGCACAACGUUUGGUUGGACCUAAUAGCGUAACUCAAGGAGCGUUGCCUUACAUACUAAAGAAUACUCCGAAAAGUUUUUUUGACUCAACCAUUGAAUUUCUUCACAUAAAUGCAACACUUGCUUAUGAUGUUUUAAGUCAAGUGCCGGGUCUACGACCUAUUAUGCCAUCGGGUGCUAUGUAUAUAAUGGUAAGCGUCGAUAUGAUAUACUUUCCCGAGUUUGCGUCUGAUCUGGAAUUAGUUGAAAGACUUGUUAGUGAAGAAUCAGUAUUUUGUUUGCCGGGAAAGUGUUUCCAAUAUCCCGGAUAUGUUAGGAUUGUUCUGUCGGUACCAACAGAUCUGCUUAAAGAAGCGCUCAAUAGAAUCGACUAUUUCUGUAGAAAUCAUUUUGUCCGCAGCAAUGGUAUCGAUGGCUAUGACAACGGUUUUAAUUGAUUACUUUAAUACAGUAUUUACGUAUUUUUAUUAUUUUUUAAUUGAUUAUGUGAUU